AUGGCCCCCGACGACCGCGACCGCCACGACUCGGCCCCAGACCUGCGCAUCCUCGGCGACAGAAUUACACUUCAACCAAGUGGAUUCGUCGAGCCCCCCAAAGACAAAGAUGAAAAAGACGAGGCGUUGAUGAAGAACGUAGCCCGCUUCCGCUCCGAGCCGUUACGCUUCCUCCGCGAUGUCUCCCUUUACGUGUCCGGAACAGGCUGGCGCGCCUACGACGACGUGAUCGGCCAGCCAAUCUUCUACAACGGCUUCUCCGAGCACAUCAAAACCCAAGUCAUGUCCGCCACCGUCCUCCAAACCAAAAUCGCCCAGCUCGCCGACCUGCGCAUUUCGGUAGAGGAAAAACAAGGCCUCCUCCCACCCCCAAGUUCAGGCAGGGAAUACGAGAUCAGAAAAGCCAAGAGACGCGCCGAGUUGGUCCAGGGCUUACAAGAAGUCGCCGAACACCUGACGGAUAACAUGAUUUGCAAGUUUGAGAGCAAGACUUUCAUCCGCGGGGCGUACUACCUCGUCACGCAGUUGUUGCUGAGGGCUUACCACCAGGGCAUCCACGUCUCUAGCGAGGAGGUGUUGAGGCUGAGGAAUGUGGCCGAGGAGGCGGAGAAGAAGAAACAGAGUAUUAUUUUCCUGCCGUGUCACAGGUCGCAUGUGGAUUAUGUUGCGCAGCAGUUGCUGUGUUAUCGGCUGGGGCUGGCGCUGCCGGUGGUGGUGGCGGGGGAUAAUCUGAACUUUCCCCUGGUGGGCAGCUUCUUGCAGCAUGCGGGGGCCAUGUAUAUCAGGAGGAGCUUUGGGGAUGAUCAGCUUUAUACGACGCUGGUGCAGGCGUAUAUUGAUGUCUUGUUGCAGGGGGGGUAUAAUCUGGAGUGUUUUAUCGAGGGGGGGCGGUCGAGGACGGGCAAUCUGCUGCUGCUUUUAGUUGAGAUCGUGAUCAUUGUGUGGUAG